CACCGCCGUCAGUCCAUGCGCCGGCAACUGGUAGUUCUGCCCGAGGCCGAGCGAUUCGCUUUUCUUGACGCCCGCCGGCGGAACUCCGGAAGCCACACACUGGGACGCCCGACCGGUUCGAGCGAUCUACCACACCGAUAUACAAGCAAGGGCUGUCGGCUCAAUUGGAAGAAGCAGUGUGGCUGCCAAGUUUCGGGACUAGCAAUGUCCUGGCACCGUCCCCCACCGGCUCCAGGAGAAGAAGCUUCGUACCAGCCACCACCUCCUCCAGAUGCGGCUGAUUCCUACCAGCCGCCACCUCAACCAGGGUACGAGCAUGCGCAGCCUCAAGACACUUACAAUGCGCCACAUGCUCCGCACCACGACUACCCGUACCAGCCACCUUCUGCACCUUACAAUUCCUACCGUCCACCCCAAGAGAUGUACUAUCAGCCUCCUCAGCAAGGUACCUACCGACCGCCGGAGUAUUACCCACCACAGGAGACGUACGCACCCCCAGCGCCUCCGGAUGAGGCGGAUACGUACAGGCCUCCACAGGGCUACUACCCACCUGGAGACAGCUACCAAGCUCCGCCGCAGGAGUACACCCCUCCACCGCCGCCCGAUGACGACUGAAGGAUUAUGGUCGAAGAAUAUUUCCGGUAAAGGGUGUAGGUACGUCAAAUAUAAUCGAGGCGUUAACGUUCACACUGCUCCGGACCUGUCGAAGGCAAGAUGCUACAUGUAGGUUCUGAUAGGGUAUAUGGUGAACCACAGACGGACUAACACACAGCAAGUACCUCUCGCGACCUGUGUGGCAAGUCCAUAGGGGCUUUCAUAUUGUGUCUAUACGCUGUACGUAACAAUAAAUGAAUCUGUGGUGCAAGGGA